AUGGCCACGAGGAACCUGACCGAGCCCUUCGUUUUAAUGCGAAACAAUGCUCUGCAGAGCAGGCACAUUUACGCCGAACAGAAUCUUACCGAUCGCGCGGCACUGGUGGAAUCAGAUUCGGGCGCAUCCGACAAUGUCGAACUCAGGGGUGUUAGCGGGGACAGCAGUGCACCGCCUGCCUGGGCGGACGCUUUGGAGGAGACGCAGUACAUCCUGAGCAGAUUGCGGGUGAAGAUAGACAGCCUGGUCGAGCUGCACUCUAAGCAGCUUACCAGGCCCACCCUGGACGAUACAUCUCAGGAAGAGAGGCAAAUGGAGCAGCUGACACGAGAGAUUGGACGUGCGUUCUCCAGUGGCUAUAGACAAGUACAAACAAUUAAGUCGGCCGGCAGGCACGAAAGUAAACCUACGGAACGUCGUCUAGCUGCCAGCGCGGUGAUGGCCCUCUCGACUGCCUUGCAGGAGUUAGGUUUUCGAUAUAGGGCAGCGCAGAAUCACUAUCUUACACAGGUGAAAUCAAGAGAAGAGAGGAACAACCAGUUCUUCGCGGAAGACCAAUCUCUUUUAAAUAAUGUAGCAACCGAUCCUUGGUUGAUGGAAUUGAACGAGGCAGCUGGUGAUUAUUGGCAAAGAAGUGAGCAACGGCAGGACUCGGUUUUAUUACAAUUGGAGGAGCCGGAAGAUAGAAUGAAAUUGGCGAUGGAGAGGGAGGAACAGAUUGGAAGUAUAGUUCAAAGUAUAGGAGACUUAAAACAUAUUUUUAAGGAUCUUGCAGUAAUGGUACAGGAUCAGGGUACUAUUUUAGACCGGAUCGAUUACAACCUCGAGCAAACGCAAGUGCAAGUACAAGAGGGCUACAAGCAAUUAAAGAAAGCCGACUCGUAUCAGAAGGCCAAUAAAAAAUUGUACUGCAUCGUGAUUCUCGCGGCAGCCAUUAUAUUACUUAGCUUCCUGUUCGUCAUAUUUAAAACGUAG